AUGCCACGUCAAGUAGCUCCACCACCAUCAGGCGAAUUCAGAAGCCAUUCAGUGUCUUCAGAGAAGUCUGGCGAUGUUCCAAAGGACGAUGUCAACGAACUCAUGAGCCUCGUCUCCGCGCUUCGCGGCUUUCCAUCUCAUCCGAGCAAAGACGUAUACGGCUUAGACGCCACACUCGACCUCACGACUUUCGAUAUUCAGGAUGAGUUCAAGAGGAUUGUGGAUUCCAUUGAGGCUUUGGGCAGGACGUUUGCUAGGUAG